UUCCUAGGAAGUGAGAGGCUGCUGAUAUAUAUUGAUUCAUUUCAGUCCAAAUUUUCUUUUUCAUUCAUCUCUCUCUCUCUCUUUCUCUGUGUCCUUUUUGGGCAGCCAAAGAUGAAGCUUAGUUCAUAUUUUUUCAAGCAGUCUUGAAUCUGAUUCUAUUAGCAUUGGUUCUUGAAAGACUUGAUAAUGGAUCGUAAAGAGAGGCUAUGUACAGAAACAUGGGCAAAUUCUUCAUCUUCUGGUAGUGGAUUACCAGAACAUCUUUCCACAGAGAAACCAUCCUUUGCCAAUUUCAGUUCUCAGCAGGAUCAGCAGAAGUGGGAAGAUACUGCUAUCUAUGGUAUUAGGACUGAUCCACCUUUCCAAGAAUUCAAUUUACCAUCUGAAACCCAAACUUUGCUUCCUUCCAAUCCCGAUGAUCAAAUCAAAAUCAUGGAUGAAGAAGACAGUCAUAUUAAUGAGGCACUUCAAAUCAAUAAAAUCCCAGAUUGGGAUCCCAAGGCCAUGCUCAGCAAUCUUUCCUUUCUUGAGCAAAAAAUACAUCAGUUACAAGACUUGGUUCAUUUAAUUGUUGGCCGGAGGGGCCAGAUUCUGGAGCGACCAGAUGAUCUUGUAGCUCAACAGCAGCAGCUCAUUACUGCUGAUCUCACUUCAAUUAUUGUUCAAUUGAUCUCUACUGCAGGUAGUCUUCUUCCAUCUGUUAAGCAUACACUUUUUGCAGCCACUCCCGGUGGGCAGCUUGGACAUCUUGGGGAAAUUCUUUUUCCCUCUGGGAUGGGCAUGAAUAGUAUUGUACAGCCACAACAUAGUAGUGGAAAUAAACUUUCUCAUCAUUCCAACCAGAUGGAUAUUAGUGGUAACUGUGGAACUGAGCAGAAUUACUCUGUUGAUGAACAUGAAUUGAAAGAUGAAGAAGAUGUUGAAGAAGGAGAGAACCUUCCACCUGGUUCUUAUGAGAUCUUACAACUAGAAAAAGAAGAAAUACUAGCUCCACAUACUCACUUCUGCACCAUAUGUGGAAAAGGGUUCAAGAGGGACGCAAACUUACGGAUGCAUAUGAGAGGUCAUGGUGACGAGUAUAAAACCCCUGCUGCACUUGCAAAACCGAACAAGGAAUCCAGCUCCGAACCAGUCCUUAAGAGGUAUUCCUGCCCAUUUGCUGGUUGCAAGCGGAACAAGGAUCACAAAAAGUUUCAGCCUUUGAAGACCAUUUUAUGUGUUAAAAACCAUUACAAGAGAACUCAUUGUGACAAAAGCUAUACUUGUAGCAGAUGCAACACCAAGAAAUUCUCAGUCAUGGCAGACCUGAAAACUCAUGAGAAGCAUUGUGGCAAGGAUAAAUGGCUUUGUUCAUGUGGUACAACAUUUUCAAGAAAAGACAAGCUUUUUGGCCACAUUGCUCUUUUUCAAGGUCAUACUCCUGCAAUUCCUCCUGAUGAAACAAAAGGACCAUCAAGACCAUCUGAUAAAGUGGAUGACAAUGAAGUAGCAAACAAGGUUGGAAGUAUAAAUUUUAGCUUUGGCUCUGGUGCUGCUAGCGGAAAUGGAACUCAAAAUAUUAUGGAUGUGAAGGUUGGUGCUGAUGAUCCUGCUAAUUAUUUUUCGCCAUUAAACUUUGAUACAUGUAAUUUUGGUGGGUUCCACGAGUUCCCUCGACCUCCAUUUGAUGAUACAGAAAGUUCAUUAUCUUUUCUCAUCUCUGGUUCUUGUAGUUACGGCCAGAAAACUGGAGGGGAGUCUGGUUCUAAUAAUCUUCACUGAUGUUUCUAGGUACCUUUAGUAUUUGCUUACAUGAAAUCAUCCUAGGUUUCUAAUCAAUGAUACAUUUGUAAUUGAAGGGUGUCCCAUGUAAUCCUAUUAUUAGUUUAAAUAAAUCUUAUUAUUUAACCAUUA